GAUUCGCAAUCACGUGAUGAAUAUUUGAAAGCGAGGCGUACCCCAAUGGCGUACGGACUUAUAACGAAAUGGGGUGUUUGAAGAUAGAUCAUGUUUAUGGCCAAAGUAGUUGACGUUUAAAGACACGAUGCUUAUACAAGAACCAGUGCAGGCUGCGAUCUGGGACGCUCUGAACAACUAUGCAGUUACUGAUGCUACUUUUUUGGCUGAAAGAUUAUUUUCAGAAGUUGCAAACGAUGAGUCUUUGUAUCUUCUUGCUACCUGCUAUUAUCGAGCAGGGAAACCUGUUCAGUCUUAUUUACUGUUGCAGUCCCGUGGGUGCCACACGGCUCAGUGCAAGUACCUUUUGGCAAAAUGUUGCUUUGAUACUGAUAGAUUAUCAGAAGCUGAAGAGCUCUUGGUUGGAAAUGCUGUCUCGAAGAGCAAAACAUUUGAAGAAAUUGAAGUGGAAUAUGGUCCAGUGGCCUGCCAUGUAUUUAGCUUAUUAGGAAAUCUUUAUAGUAAAACUGAGCGGUUUUCACAUGCUUCAGAAUGUUAUCAAAAAAGUUUAAAACUAAACCCUUUAUUAUGGUCUUCAUUUGCUAAACUCUGCAGUCUAGGUGAAAAAGUUGAUGUUACAAAGAUCUUCCAGCCACCCAAAGUCCCCUUUCCUCAGUCUACACCUAUCCACAGCACCAAUCCUUUUUACCAACCUCCAGAUGGAAAAUUAAAAUUGAUGCAAUUACACCAGUCUCCUCACAUAAUCCCUAGUUCUCAGGACAGCAUUACUCCAGUGUCAGACUGUACACCUGCAGGAAUUUGUAAGUUCGAGUCUCCCUUGCCAGCAGACAAACUAAUGACGCCAGAUGCCUUGAGCCCACCUAGCAGUACAGAUAGUUCCUUUCACCAAGGAAUUCAAUCUUUGCGUGCCAGUCGCGGACAGUACCUCAGUAGUGGCAACCGUCUUAAUUUUUCUUCCCUCAGUCCUUUAACUCCAAGGCCUGUUACACGUAGAAGUCAAAACCAAAACCUUCAUCCCUCCAUACCAAAGCCGACAGUUUUUAGUCAAUCAGGCAACACCAACACGCGAGAACUGGCUACUUCUAAUCAACAGUCAGGGUUGCAGACUAAUGUAACAAAUGUUCGUCGCAGUCAAAGAUUAUUUGGGAAUUCCAGCUCUGUUAAAGAAAACAACAAGAGUCAGAGUAAGUCACGCUUCACAAGUCCCAAGUCUGGUACUAGAAAGUCUAAGAGCAAACUGAGCAAGUCACAACAAGAAAUGAACGAGAUCAACAAAGGAGAGAACAUCCUUGAUUGUAAGCAGUCUUGUGGUUAUGACGGCCCUAACUAUUCCCAGUUGGCCCAUAUGAGACAACAGUCACUAGCUGGUAUACUGAAACUGCUACAAAGUAUGGGGCGAGCAUUCCAGGCUCUGACACAAUACGAGUGUAAACGGGCUAUUGAAUUGCUCAGUGAGUUACCACAACACCAGUACCAGACUGGCUGGGUCCUUUGCCAAGUGGCUAGAGCCUACUUUGAGCUAAACAAUUACAUUCAAGCUGAAAAAGUGUUUGCUGAAUUGCGUGAAUUGGAACCUUACCACAUGGAAGGGAUGGAUCUAUACAGUACUGCUCUUUGGCAGCUACAGCGUGAAGUAGAAUUGUCUGCUCUGGCACAAGAACUCACAGAAAUGAAUAAGAAUGCUCCUGAGGUAUUUUUACAGAAAGAGCACGAUACAGCUAUUAAGUUUUUUCAAAGAGCAAUUCAGGUUGAUCCUAAUUUUGCCUAUGCAUAUACUUUACUGGGCCAUGAAUAUGUCUUUACAGAAGAAUUUGAAAAAGGUUUAUCGAGUUUCCGUAAUUCUAUACGAGUUGAUUCCAGACAUUAUAAUGCAUGGUAUGGAGUUGGAAUGAUCUAUUAUAAACAAGAGAAAUUCCAACUUGCUGAAUUGCACUUCAAUAAAGCACUGAUGAUUAAUCCCAAAAGUCCUGCUCUGCUUUGUCACGUUGGUGUGGUACAACAUGCAUUGAAGAAAUCUGAAAUGGCACUACAGACCCUUGAUAGAGCCAUUUCUAUUGAUCCCAACAACCCUCUUUGUAAAUUCCAUCGUGCUUCCAUUUUAUUUGCCAAUGAUAAACAUAAAGAAGCCUUAGAAGAAUUAGAAGAACUGAAACAAAUUGUCCCUAAAGAAUCUUUAGUAUAUUUUCUAAUAGGAAAGGUACAUAAAAAACUUGGAAAUACCCAUUUAGCUCUGUCUAAUUUUUCUUGGGCAAUGGACCUGGAUCCAAAAGGUAUAAAUAAUCAAAUUAAAGAAGGCAUAGAUAAACGCUAUGUAACAGACGAUGAUGAUUCUCUUGUCAAAAUGAAUGAUCCAGUUGGUGUUGACGACAACGGUGGAGAGGCUGAUUCUCAAGAGGCUGCUUCUCGUAGCAAUUCCUCUAACAUUUCCAAUAUUGAUCACGAGGACCUUCAAUUGCAGGCCAUGGAGAGCGAUGAGAGUUUGUGAUAGUGGCUGACUAGUGUUGGUGGUUGGUUUGGCAGUUAGUGAUGUGGUGUAUGUAUGCCUGUAUGUACAAGGGGGGGGGGUUGGAUGCUGGUGGCGGUGGCACUGGAGCAGGAAGCAGAAGGAAGAUCACAGAUGGUGACAACAACAACAACAACACAUGGUCUGCUUUGUUAUUAACCAAAUGGAAAGAUAGCAAGAUGAUCAAUCAACCAAACCAGAUGGACACAAGCUUUUUGUUUUGUUUUUUUUUUGUGACUCUUUCUCUCUUCUCUCUCCUCCUCCUCCUCCUCCAAACUGUCAGAGACAGAUAAACAUUUCCAAAUGACAGCUGAUAUUCAGCUUCUUGUAUUGUUAGCUGAAAACUAAACAGAAAUUCCAAGUAAAAAAAAUAUUACAAAAAAAAAUAAAAGAAAAAAAUAAAAGCACACACACACCCACACAUAAACACUCUCAUACAAACAAAUUGUAACACCUCCUCCACAAAUAUUAAAAUUAAAAAAAAAAAAACUUUCAGGAAAAAAACAAAACCUCCCAAAAAGAACUGAAGACGAAAUAUCUGCUAGGCAAAUUGGUAUUAGUAGAUAUAUGUGUCCAAGAAUUCUGACUUUUCCUUUUAUUGUUUAUUACCAUAACUUCUCUCAGCCUUGUUGUUUCUACAACAACAAUUGCUUUGACAGCUCAAAGGAAAUAAUAAAUAUAUAUAAAAUAA